UUACGUCGGUCUGGCUCUUGACGUACGAUACAUAUUUAUUUUUCAUACUGUAAAUCCACAUUGCUCGGAAAAUACAGGGCUUUAUUUUAGUACACAUACAUAAUUCGACCAUACGUAUGUAUGAGAGUCAAGACUGCAUCCUCGCUAAUAAUAGAAACCGGAACAUUUGUAAUAAGUACCAAUAAUGUAGCGGAAUAUCUACACAUACAUAACUAACUAACCAAAAGUUCACUUUUCUCCUCCAUAGGUAAAUUAAUUUACAAGCGGUAUUCUUUUACUUUACACACCUCGAGUGCAUAAGACGGGUCAAACUUAUGCAUACAUACAUAAAUAUGUAAGUACAUAUGAGCUUACAUAAGUCACGUACGUAUGUAUCUAUGCAGAGCAAAAAGCCAAGAAACACGGCAAAAUCCAUACAUCGAUAUUACUUACACACGUAAAGAUGAGUACGUAUAAGCAUAAGAUUUUCGUUAUGUAAUCGCCUGCCAAAUCUUUUCCGAGUGUGAUUCACUAGCCGAGAUAAUUUUACUACUCGCCACUUGGCAUUCACGAGUUGGCGAGGAGAUGGAAAGCGUGAAUCUUGUGUGAAUGUGCAUGGUUCCUUUCCACGAAAGAAAAUUUGGAUAUUAAUAUUCCCACGAAAAUUAAUGAUCUUAGUUACAUAAGUGAGCGAUUUUAUUUUUAGGAACUUUUCACGUGAAAAUAAUUUGAGACUGACUUUCACAAAAAUUAAAAUAAUUCAUAAUAAUGCUGUUCAGCAUUGGUCAUCAUCGAGUAACGUUUUUAGUGUGCAGUGCUCUUUUAAGCUUAAGUCAAGGUGAACAAACGGUGGAGAAAGUUGUGUUGGAAACGAGCCAGGGAAAGUUGCUGGGAGUACGAAGCCUGAGCAGGGCAGGGAAACCGUACCUUUCCUUUAAAGGAAUUCCCUAUGGGGAAAUUGUGACAAGAUUUGAGCCGGCAAUUUUGGCGUCAUCGUGGGAGGGUAUAAAGGAUGGGUCCAAACCAGGAAAUAUGUGCCCCCAAUUUAGUCGUGCCACCCAGACCGUGGUGGGAGAGGAAGAUUGUUUGUUUCUUAACGUUUUCGUUCCAGAACGUGCCAUCAAAAAUAAUUAUGUCCUCGAGGAGGAUAGAGUAUUGCUACCGGUGGUAGUAUUCAUUCAUGGGGGAGCGUACCAGUUUGGGACAGGGAGUGAUUAUGGGGGAGGAUAUUUCGUAGACGAAGAUACAAUUUUGGUCACCAUGAACUAUCGCUUGGGAGCAAUAGGGUUCCUAUCCACUGGGGAUGAUGUGAUCCAGGGCAACGCCGGCCUUAAGGAUCAGUCCCUCGCCCUGCGCUGGAUUCAGGAGCACAUUCUCUCCUUCGGUGGGGACAAGGGGCGGGUCACGUUAAUGGGGACGAGUGCCGGAGGUGCCUCCGUCUCAUUCCAAGUGCUUUCUCCAUACAGUUCAGGACUGUUUCAUGGUGCUCAAACGAUAUCCGGAUCGGUCCUAAAUUCCUGGAGUUUGCAUCCAAAUCCGGUCAAAAGCACGGAGGAAUUGGCAGAAAUUCUCGACUGUCCGACACAACCGACUUCCGCUUUGGCGGAAUGUUUACGGCUGACUGAUUUUAAAAAGAUUAUGUCGGUUCGAUUGGCGAAAUGGAAUGUCGACCCACUCUGUCAAUUUAGCCCGGUUGUGGAAACCCUUCGACCAGGAGAGUCAAUUUCUGACGUAUUUUUGGCUGAGCAACCCCUUAAACUUUUGGAGGAAGGGAGGUUCAACAAAGUCCCCGUCAUUACCGGUGUCACAAAGGAUGAAGGGUUGCUAUUUCAUGCCGCUGGCAUAAUGAAAAAUCCGGAACUACAACGAAAUAUGAACGAAGACUGGAAUACGGUUGCGCCGAUAACGCUUUUGUAUGAUCAUCACGCCCCACCCGAACAACUGGUCGAUAUUUCAAGAAGAAUUCGAGGCUACUACUUCGGCGGGGGAACAAUUGGGCGGGAAACUUUUAAAAAUUUAACAAACCUUUAUUCCGACCGGUAUUUUAAUCACGGGGUGAAAAAGGCGGCCCUCCUUAUGGCCAAGUGGACACCCGUGUAUCCCUUCAUUCUCGGAUUUCAGGGGGAAUGGAGCAUCCUCAAUUUGUAUUAUGGUGACGUUUACAAGGAGCCUUUAGGUGUUAGUCAUGGGGAUGAUAUGCGACUGAUUUUUAAUUCCGCCCGCUUCCCAGAAAUUCCUCUAGGGUCGGAAAUGGAACUCUUUUCAAAACAAGUGGUCCGCCUGUAUGCAUCCUUCGCGAAAACGGGUAAUUUAAUGGAUGCUAUGACCUCGUGGAAAACAACGUGGCUGCCGAUCGGAAUCGAGGAGGUUAAACGUUCCAGGAUGAAAUGGUUUUACAUGGAUGUCAACCCGAAAAUGAUUUUGGAACCGUUUACGGAACGGGUCGAUUUCUGGGAUAAGAUUGAAGCACAAUUUGCAAAUUUGCGAAUGGAAAAUGAAAAUAUUGUUGAAAGGAAUGAAUUGUAAAUUGAUUUUUUAAAGAAAAUGUCAAAUUCAGAAAGGUUUAACAACUUAUUUAGCUUAGAUUAGUGAUUGAUCCUAGUCUGUGAUUUGAUAUGGACCGAUAAAUGUAGUUUAAUUGCUACCGUAUUUUUGUAUAAAUUCUCGACACAUCGGAAACGUUGGAAAACAAUUCAGUCAAUCUAGUCAGUUUUAUUAAAAUGUGGAAAAUAAACUGUCAAGUCUUAAAACUUUUUUA